CAAGGUGCCGGAGCUCCGCGCUGUGGCUUCCAGCAAGGCGACUUUGGAGGAGGGGGGAAAGGCGAGAUCCCCACCCACCGCCCGGGAUAGGUUGGAUAACCUGGCGCAUUUUAGCGCGCAGAUUUGAAAUUUGAACUCUCCCGGAAGCUGUGUCAUUUUGCGCGCCUUUGGGCAAAACCAUGGCGGGGCUUGCAGAUUUGAACCCGGCGCAAAUAGAAGAGUACCGCAGAUAUGUGUCCCAAGCAAAGCAGGAGGCCAGAAGUGGGAACUUGGAAGCAUCUAUCCAAUUGUUCCAACAGGCUCUUGAAAUCCAUUUCAGUGAAAAGCUGACAGCGAACAUUAAAAAGUUAGAGGAAGCCCUGGCUUCUCUGUCUAUGGACCAGGAGGACGACGAUUUUGUGGAUGUGUGUCAGAGUGGACUCAUGCUGUACGGAGAAAUACACGCUAAGCUUUUUGAUCAUCAGAGGGAAGGGGUUGCUUUUUUGUACAAGUUGUAUCGAGAAGGAAGGAAGGGCGGCAUCCUAGCAGAUGACAUGGGCCUCGGAAAGACCGUUCAGAUCAUCGCGUUCCUCUCUGGGAUGUUUGACGCAGAACUCAUCCGUUCCGUGUUGCUGGUUCUCCCAACCACCCUUCUUAACAACUGGGUGAAAGAGUUUGCCAAGUGGACCCCAGGCCUGCGGGUGAAAGUUUUUCAUGGGACCAGCAAAGCUGAACGCAACAGAUAUCUGGAGCGGAUCCAGAGGAGAAACGGUGUCUUGCUCACAACCUACCAGAUGGUCCUCAACAACUGGCAGCAGCUAUCUAGCUUUGAUGGGAAAGAGUUUGUUUGGGACUAUAUCAUUCUGGAUGAAGCCCAUAAAAUCAAAACUCCGUCUGCCAAAACGACAAAAUCUGUGCACUCCAUUCCUUCCAAAAACCGCAUCCUUCUCACAGGGACCCCAGUUCAAAAUAAUCUGAAAGAACUUUGGGCUCUUUUUGAUUUUGCUUGCCAAGGCUCACUUUUGGGUACCCUCAAAACCUUUAAGAUGGAAUAUGAGAAUCCUAUCACAAAAGCUAGGGAAAAAGAUGCCACUCCUGGAGAGAAAGCUCUGGGACUUAAAAUCUCAGAAAAUCUGAUGUCCAUCAUUAAGCCCUAUUUUCUCAGACGGACUAAAAAUGAGCUCCAGAAGAAGAAGAAGACUGAGUUUCCAAACCAUCUUCCUGAAGACCAAAGUAAAGGUGUUGCUCCUGCCAUGCCUUCUCUUCCUCGAAAGAACGAGUUCAUUGUAUGGGUGUUCUUAGCACCUGUACAAGAGGAAAUAUAUAGAAAAUUUAUAUCUUUGGAUCAUAUCAAGGAGCUGUUGAUGUCUACAAGGUCCCCACUGGCUGAACUGAGUAUUCUGAAGAAGCUCUGUGAUCAUCCAAGGCUCUUGUCAAAUCGAGCAUGUAGUCAACUUGGGCUGGAAGCAUCCAAUUACAGCGAAGAAGACGUUGGUGAAAAUGAUCUUCCAGACAUGAAGAGAAGUAUUGAACAUGUUUCUGAUGAGAUGUUAAUUCAGGAGUCUGGAAAGUUGAGCUUCCUUGUGGCACUGUUGGAAAGACUGCAAGACGAGGGACAUAGAACUCUGGUGUUUUCCCAGUCACGAAAAAUGUUGGACAUUAUAGAGCGCAUCUUAACUCACAGGGGCUUUAAGCUCAUGCGCAUUGAUGGGACAGUGACCCAUUUGUUAGAACGAGAGAAGAGAAUUGGUAUGUUUCAGAAAGAUGGAGACUACUCUGUCUUUCUGCUUACUACUCAAGUUGGUGGGGUCGGUUUAACCUUAACCGCUGCUAGCCGGGUGGUGAUUUUUGAUCCUAGCUGGAAUCCAGCUACAGAUGCUCAAGCUGUGGAUCGAGCUUACAGGAUUGGCCAAAAGGACAAUGUCAUAAUCUACCGGCUAAUCACCUGUGGGACAGUAGAAGAGAAGAUCUAUAGAAGACAAGUCUUCAAGGAUUCCUUAAUACGUCAAAGCAUGGGUGAUAAGAAAAACCCCUAUCGCUAUUUCAGUAGACAAGAGCUAAGAGAGUUGUUCACACUGGAAGACACUCGAAGCUCAGCCACACAGCUACAAUUGCAGUCCUUACAUGCCACCCAAAGAAAAACAGACACUGAGUUGGAUGAACACAUUGCAUAUCUCCAUAUGUUGGAGAUAUUUGGCAUUUCUGACCAUGAUUUGAUAUACACACGUGAGACAGCACAUGAGGACGAAGCUGAAAAUGAAGAAGCCCACAGGUACAUUGAACACAGAGUCCAAAAAGCCCAAGAAUUGGUACGACUAGAAUCUCAGUUGAAUGACCAGCUGAUGAGAAAUAUCAGAAACACGACUGAAGGAGCCUGGCUUAGAGAUAUAGAUUCAUCCACCCAGCCAAAAACAAAACCACCGAAGUCUUCACCAAGUGACACUCUUGGACCAUCCAUGUCUGAAAGUACAAGCCCAAUAGUCGUGGACUCACCCACUCCAUCCAUGAAGAAAUCACCAACUCCUCCUCCAAGUCCUGUUGUUACGCCACCUGUAUAUAGUAGUCCUGUCGUCAAUAAUGAAAUUGUUGAUCUUGUAAGUGAUGAUGACAAUGAUGUUGUUAGUGAUAUGGUCAAUUUGAGCUCUAAAAUGACCAGUCUGAUGAUUGAAGAUGUGGCUGAUGAGGAAAUGGCUCAGAUUAUUUCUAAUAUGGAGGAUAACUCGUCUUCUGAGCAGAAAGAACACCAAUUUCCCAGCCUCCAAGAGUGUGAACUAAAGUCUGGGACAGGUCUUGUGUCCCCUUUUCUGACUCCUUCAGUAUUUAACAAGGUGGACUGCAGUCCUGAAUCCAGGGCAAUCUCUGAGUUACCUGCCAAGGAUACGGAUGAUGAGCAAAUGGUUUUCCAUACAAAUAACACGGAUGUUCUGCAUUCCAAAAAGAAAGACUAUCAAGUAAUUGGACUGCAAACAGAUGAGCAAAAUGAAAGUCUAAAUGUUGUAUCUUCUUUUCCCAAAGCAAUUUCAUUAUCUAUGGAAGACAAUGUCAACUCUGAAUCCAAACGGAUCUCUUGCGAUCCAUCUCCUGAAGCAAGAAGUGAGCUGAAGGAUGUCCAGAUGAAACUGCUGCAGGAGUCAUUUGUGCAUCCUUUUGAUGAUGGCAGGCACCAAAGUGAGACCGAGAUGUCACUUGAUGUUCUUCCAAUCUCUUGUGGAGAUGCAUGUGAAAAAAUGAGCAGUCUGAUGAUUGAAGAUGGGGCUGAUGAGCAAAUGGCUCAGAUUAUUUUUAAUAUGGAGGAUAACUCAUCUUCUGAGCAGAAAGAACACCAAUUUCCCAGCCUCCAAGAAUGUGAAAUAAAGUCUGGGACAAGUCUUAUGUCCCCAUUUCUGACUCCUUCAGUAUCUAACAAGGUGGACUGCAGUCCUGAAUUCAGGGCAAUCUCUGAGUUACCUGCCAAGGAUACGGAUGAUGAGCAAAUGGUUUUCCAUACAAAUAACACAGAUGUUCUGCAUUCCAAAAACAAAGAAUAUCAACUAAGCGAACUGCUAACAGAUGAGCAAGAUGAAAUUCUAAACGUUGUAUCUUCUUUUCCCCAAGCAAUUUCAUUAUCUAUGGAAGACAAUGUCAUCUCUGAAUCCAAACGGAUCUCUUGCGAUCCAUCUCCUGAAGCAAGAAGUGAGCUGAAGGAUGUCCAGAUGAAACUGCUGCAGGAGUCAUUUGUGCAUCCUUCUGAUGAUGGCAGGCACCAAAGUGAGACUGAGAUGUCACUUGAUGUUCUUCCAAUCUCUCGUGGAGAUGCAUCUGAAAUUAAUGCACUAGAUGCUGUGGCACCCCAUGGGACCAGGACUAGCAAAAUGACAAAAAGCAGCACAUUGCAGAAAUCUGGAGCGAGAGAAACCAGGCAGGAUGAAUCUUUUGACAUUUGCUCUCAGUUUCAGAUCAAUUUUAAUCUCACCUUGGAAGAUUCUGAGAACAGACCACAAGCUAUCUCAGAAAAAGACAUGUCAUUGGAGGAGACAGAAGAUGAAGGCUUCCAGCUGCGGUUGGAUAGCUACUGUAGCUCUGCCACUGAGUCUGUUGGGGGAGAACAUGGGCAUCCCAGAAACCCCCAGACUUGCAAUGCUGUAGAGGGCUCUGUGGUCAUGGAUGACGCCAACAGUCCAUGUGAUAGCAGCGACAGUUUUGGGUGGGGGAAAAAGAAGCCUACUGCAAUUAUUGUUUCGGAUGAGGAAGACGAAAAUGAUGAAUUAAUAGAUGACCUGGAUGAGGCCAAAGCAGGUGGAAUUUGUAUGUCUACGCCAAAGACCAACAGGCCAACGGCUGCGGUUUGUUUUUCUCCAAGGAUCAAAUUGAGUGGAAGAAGAUCAACCGCUUCUCGUCGAUCCCUUUUUGAUGUGGUCUUGGAAGAAGUGGAGGGUGCACCCAGAGAAGCAGGGACUGCCAGCGAUGUAUCUAAUGAUAGGUCUGUUCAGCACGAGUUUGAAGAAGAGCUAACCCAAAAUUACACUGAGCAAACGUCAGAAGAAUUGGAAGAGGAGCCAUCAGGAGAAACGCUGGAUUCUGAGAGCGAAUCUAGCCAUCUUCAUGAUACAGACACUUCAAGAGGAGAAUCUUCUCUCUGAAGGAACAGUUACAGGGGAAUCUGAUCCAUCUGGAAAAAAGAAAACUCUAAGUAACUGUGCUUGAGUUGAAUGUUUGUUCUGAAGACUUUUCACUACUGUUGGAUUUUGUUUUGGAGAACCAGCUGCUGAAAAUUAAAUGUAUAAUAUCUUUAGGAAUGUCUUAGCAGACACUUUUAGUUCUUUAUUAUGUUUUGCUGCCUUUCAUUUCAAAGGCAGUUCAAUUUCUAUCAACCCUUUUGUCUUGGGUAUGGCCAAGGUGCUGGAUUUUGGAGAGUCAGUUCUCCUUUAGGUAGCUAAUCUUUCAUUGGGCUGUAUUACUUGAGACUUUUAUUGCAAUGAUGGAGUCUUGUAUUCAAAAAAAAGUUUAAAAAAAAUUAAAAAAUCCUGAUAAUGGAAGACUGAC